AUGAGCUCGUCAUCUAUUUUCUGUAAAAAUGUCCCCUACACAUUCCAGGAUGCUUCCCUUCUGGAUGUGCGGUCAUAUGUGGGAGGUGGAUGGGAAAACUCAAGCGAAAACAAGACAUUCGCUGUAGAAGACCCAGCUGACCAGCAGAUUUUGGCAAACGUAUCAGACUCGAGCGUCGCAGACUACGAGCGAGCAAUCGACAUAGCUAAUACCGCUUUCAAGGCGUACAGGCAGCUCACGCCGUCAAACAGAGGCCAGCUCCUCAGGAAUUGGGCUCAAGCUGUACGCGAGUCCAGCCGGGACCUGGCCGCGCUCUGCACGCUCGAGCUGGGCAAGCCCAUCAAUGAGUCGAUCAAGGCCGUAGCUUACGCCGCCAGCUGCCUCGACUGGUUCGCCAACCUGGCCGACCAGGGCUGUGGCGGCGAGACAAUCCCUAGCUCGGGCAACGGCGGGCGGAACAGGAUCUGGACUGUCCGCCGGCCCGUCGGGGUCGUGUGCGCCAUCACGCCCUGGAACUCGCCCUACUCGGGCGUCCUGAAGAAGAUUGCGCCGGCCCUGGCGGUGGGAUGUACCAUCGUCCACAAGCCAGCCCCCGAGACGCCUUUGUGUGCCAUGGCGCUGGCCAAAACCUGCCAGCGAGCCGGGUUCCCGGCGGGCGUGUAUAACGUGCUAGCGAGCUCGCCAGGCAGAGCCGCCGUGGUUGGCUCGCUCUUUUGCUCGCAUCCGUCGGUCCGUCACGUCACGUUUACGGGAUCCACGGCCGUGGGAAGAUAUCUAGCUGAGAGAUGCGGUGCUAAUCUAAAGAAGAUAACCAUGGAGUUGGGCGGCAACGCCGCGUUCAUUGUCUUUGAUGAUGCCGACUUGGAUCUCGCAGUGAGAGAACUCAUAGCUUGCAAGUUCAACUCUUCCGGGCAAGUUUGCAUCUAUGCCAACCGAGUGCUCGUCCACAAAGGGAUCGAAAAAGCAUUUACCGAUAGGCUCUUGGUGGCCAUCCAGGAGCGUGUCCGCCUUGGAUCUCCGUGGGAUGACAAGGUGACGCUUGGACCCCUCUACGCCAAGGCGGGAGCAGACAAGAUCGAGGCUCUGCGAGCAGACGCACUUGCAAAGGGUGCUAGUUUGCACACGCCGGACGUCUACGAAGACGGCUCCACGUACUACCCACCCACGGUCAUGACCAGGAUUACUCAAGAGAUGAGGAUCAGUCAUGAGGAGAUUUUCGGUCCCCUAGUAGCCAUUUCGACAUUUGACAAGGAGGAAGAGGCAGUCAGCCUCGCAAACAGCGUUGACACCGGACUGGCGGGCUAUGUCUUCACCCAGAACAUCUCUCGCCUGUUUAGGGUGGCUGAAGAGCUGCAGGCCGGCAUGGUCGGGGCUCAGACCGGGUCGAUCAGCGCCAUUGAGCAGCCGUUUGGGGGUGUCAGGGACAGCGGCAUGGGCAGGGAAGGAUCUAUACAUGCAUUGGAGGAAUACACGGAUAUCAAGUCUAUUACUCUGGCUUUGUAA